AUGGUAUCUUCGGUGGUCACAGUUGGUGUCCUGAUCUUGGCCUUAGGUGCCUCGGCAAUUCGUGCUGAUGUUGCUCAUUUGGGUUACAGCCGCUACAGCCGUCCCCAAACUUUACGUUUGCAGCGUUUGGAAGGUCGUCCAACACCUUAUCCAGCCUCGGGUUAUCGUCCCAACAAGGAGUUCCAUUUGCCCGGUGAACAGCCCGAGUUCCCCUUAGGCAGUCAUCCACAAAAGCCCCAACAGGGACGUCCUCAGCAACCACAGCAACAAAACUUCAACAAUAAUGCUCAACAAGGCAACUUCAACAACAGCCCUAGACAACCGAACUUCAACACCAAUCCCCAACAACAAAACUUUGGCAACAACCCACAACCAGCUACCUUCAACAACAGUCCUCGGCAACCAAACUUCAACACCAAUCCCCAGCAAGCCACCUUCAGCAACAACAAUAACCCCCAACAACAAUUUUUCACAUUCGCUCCCGAACAAACCUAUGGCGCCCCCGAAAGACAACCCCAACCUCAACCUCAACCUGAAGUCGAAGUUGAACAACAAUCCGAAGUCGAAACACAAGACGUCAUCAACUCCGGUUCCAAUCAACUUGGUGAACCCCAACAAAGACCCAAUGGAUUAUACGCUGCCCCGGCACGUCUCAGACAAGCUCCUGCACGUCUGCAACAACAACAACGUCAACAACCCCAACGUCUCUAUGCCACACCCCAAUCGGGACGUUUGACUGCCGCCCAACAAUCUUCUCGUCUCACCGACAAUCGUGAGGAAGACGAAGAAGAUGGUGAAGACACCAAUACGGAAAUUGAAACCGAAAUGAAAAAGGAGGAGGAGGAAAAGAAGAAUGCUUCCACUGCUCCUGCUGCUGGACAAAAUCUCGCCACAAUUGCCUACUAUCCUACUGGAGCAUUCAGUUUUGUACAACCGUUGGGCGCCAACUUUGUGGCCACUGCCCCCAAGGCCGCCUAUGUAACAACGCCCAGUGCUGGAUAUGUAAGUGCCACAGGUACAUAUGUUACAGCCGCCGCCGCCGCCCCCACUUCUGCCAUCUAUCAAACGCCAUCAUUUGUGGCCGCCUCGCCUUACGUCCAACAGCCGCUGACCUUUGCCGCUGCCCCAGCUCAACUCAACGCUUGUGGCGAUGACCACGACAAUAACAACAGCAUUGAAUCCCACUUGGAAAGGGGUUCCAAUUUACACAGAAGCAAAAUGAUAACAAACAUUCCAUUCGAUAUUGUCUGGGAAAAAGAGGGUUAA